AUGUCAUUGUUGGAACGUAUGCAAAGCGAACCGGCAGAAUGGAACAGGAUUACCGGAUUGUCCCAACGUAUCGGUACAAACUCUCUAACAUAUGAGCAAAUCACGACUGAUUAUCUCGUGUACGACUAUCGUGGUACACAAUUCAACGAACGUGUGACAAUCCCAUUUGCAGUAAAGCGUAAAGGCAAAUUGACAGGAAGAUUUUAUUCUGAAGCAGAGUAUGCGUCUUCCCCUUGUAAUGUAUGCAGAAUGGCUAACAGAAGUCGACCAAAAGGAAAACAAAGAAUUGAAUGCAUCGUUGCAGAAUCGUUUGAUUGUUGUGCAACAUGUUUGUGUGCCGAUAUACCUUGCGUAGAAUGCAAUUGGAAACGACUACCGGAAAGUACCUGGAACAGUAUAGCAUCUCUUGCACAAUCUCCCCCAAGAUAUGCUUCUAAUACGACUUCAAAAAGAGCUCUCGAAGAAGAAGAAAUGCAAAUCAAAGGCGUUGGAUAUUCAUCAAGCUCUGUACAGAUUCUAGGCUCUUCCGAUGCAAGAAAAAGGCAGAAAAGUGAACAGAUGGAGCAAUCUGCGAUUACGUCUAUCAAUUUUCUUGAGGACACCGUGGUUCCAUCUCGAGUGGAAAGUGUAUGUAUGGAAGAGCAGACUGUAAGUAGUCACAAUGGCGAACAAUCGGAUCUGAUCAGUAUGCCUGAGCAGAUCAUGUCUGAGAUUUGCGUUCAAACGGAGAUUCAGCCUGAAGAAGAUCUUGCAGAAAUCAAAGCAGAGUCAUUUGAGGAGAUGAGAGAAGAUGAAGAAUACAUACAAGAGGGAGAACUGCAAGAUGAUGUGAUUCAAAAUGAUGUGAUUCAAGAUGAUGUGAUUCAAGAUGAUGUGGUUCAAGAUGAUGUGGUUCAAGAUGAUGUGGUUCAAAAUGACGUGGUUCAAGAUGAUGUGGUUCGAGAUGAUGUGGUUCAAAAUGACGUGGUUCAGGAUGUUGUGGCUCAAAAUGAUGAGAUUCCAGACGACGCGAUUCAAGAUGUCGCAAAUCACGGAGAAGCGACACAAGAAGAAGUCAGUCCAUCCAAACAAGAGUCAGAAAAGACUGCCGAGCUAAUUAACAAGGUCAAUGAAUUAACAGAGAUGCUCAAUACGGAGAGGAUAUUGUUUGGCAAAGUGAUGGCAAGUCAGAAUCAAGAACUUACAAAAAAGUUCAAAUCUGCGGAAGAGACAAUCAAAUUGCUACAAAGAUCAUUAAAAGGUCACGAAGAGGAGAAUAUACGAGAAAGGAGGAAGUACAAAGAACGUUUAACUCAAGAAAAAGAAGAAAACGAUAAGAUCAAGCAGCAGAAAAAAGGUCUUGAAUUAAUUAUAACUCAACAAAAUGAAGCAAAAAGUCAACAGGAACUAACAUACACCGAAUCUAUUCUCAAGCUUCGAGCACAGAUAGCAAAACAGGAAAGUGAUUUCACUUACAAGAACAAUAAUGCGAAAGCUAAGAUACAGGAAUACGAAAAAGCUCUUCGACAAAAAGACUGGGAGAUUAAGGGGUUGAAAUUGUCAAGUGAGGCGGAGCGAAAACGGCUACAGAACGAGCGAGAUUCAUUUGAGCAAGCACAUCAAAGAUCAGCUGAAGAGAUGGAGGAAGUACGCAAACUUGUAUUUCUUUUACACAAGAAAUGA